CCUCAUUUUCCGCCAUCUUUGGUUCUUUUUUCCCCUUGCUUCUGCCAGCUGACCUCGCAUCUACAGCUCGAUCUACACAAUGACAAAACCCGUUCAAGAUACCCCCUCGGUUGGGGAUGCGACCUCGAUCGCCGAACCUGAACUCGAGUCAACCGCCCCCCUCGCACAAACAUUUCAGGAACUUGGUGUUAUCGAUUCGCUAUGUGAAGCUUGUGACUCCUUAGGUUUCAAGAAGCCCACUCCCAUUCAAGCCCGUUGCAUUCCCAUCGCCUUGGAAGGACGAGAUUUGAUCGGUCUUGCUGAGACGGGAAGUGGUAAAACCGCCGCUUUUGUGUUACCCAUUCUUCAGGCGCUCAUGGACAAACCUCAAUCCCUGCACUCCCUCAUUAUUGCGCCUACGCGAGAAUUGGCGCAACAGAUUGCCCAGACGGUUGAAGCCCUGGGAUCCUUGAUCUCCGUGCGAUGCACACUGUUGAUCGGUGGUAUGGACAUGGUGUCGCAGGCGAUGGCGCUGGGGAAGAAACCACAUGUGAUCGUGGCAACCCCCGGACGUCUGCUGGAUCACUUGGAGAACACCAAGGGCUUCUCGCUGAAGAACCUCAAAUACUUGGUGUUGGAUGAGGCCGAUCGACUGCUCGAUCUGGACUUUGGUCCCAUCCUCGACAAGCUCCUCCGCCUCCUGCCGCGGAGAAAGACCUACCUGUUCUCUGCGACCAUGUCCAGCAAGGUAGAAUCCCUCCAACGGGCCUCGCUCUCCGACCCCGUGCGCGUGUCUGUCUCGGCCAAGAAUCAAACCGCCACCAACCUCUCCCAGUCCUACAUGUUCAUCCCGCACAAGUUCAAAGACGUUUACUUGGUCCAUAUGUUGAACGAGCGCGCAGGCCAACUAGGCAUCAUCUUCACCCGCACUGUUCACGAAACGCAGCGCUUGGCUUUCUUGCUGCGCAAUCUCGGCUUUGGAGCCAUCCCUAUCCACGGUCAACUCUCCCAGAGUGCGCGGUUGGCGUCCCUCAGCAAGUUCCGCGCGCGCUCGCGCAAUCUGCUGCUGGCCACAGAUGUUGCAGCGCGUGGUCUGGAUAUCCCCGCCGUGGAUUUCGUUCUCAACUAUGAUCUGCCCCAGGAUAGCAAGACCUACAUCCACCGCGUGGGUCGGACGGCCCGUGCCGGCAAGAGUGGUAUUGCCAUUUCUUUUGUCACUCAGUAUGAAGUGGAGGUAUGGUUGCGGAUUGAGGGUGUCUUGGGCAAGAAGCUGGAUGAGUACAAGCCGGAGAAAGACGAGGUCAUGGUGUUCAGCGACCGAGUGAGCGAGGCACAGCGGCAAGCGGCCAUGGCUAUGAGGGAUUUGCAGGACAAGGAUUCCCGGGGAGGUCGUGGCAGAGGCAAGAAGAGGAACAGAGAUGACAUGGACCGCGAGGAGGCUUAAGUGUGCGACUAGAUGAGAGCCUGUAUUUAUUUUGUCUAAUAUCCGAUUUCGGCAAGCUUGGGCCAGAGCUGAGGGAGUAAAAGGCUGAGAUGAGAAUUUCACGACUCUUAUUACUAUUUGCGCUCAUUCUUUCCAUCUCGAUAACUUCA